AUGGAGAAGGAGAAGGAGCAAUUACUAUCUGAACAUGAGCUCGAUGCUCGCCCCCAACCCAGCCGGGUGCGCAGGCGUGCCGCGGUCUGGACGCUGGCGGCUGGCACGAUACUCCUAACCCUGUUGUUGCCUGGUCUGUCUGGGCGUCUGAGAAUGGCGUGCGGCCGGAGACUUCGACCGUGGACUCCGGUGGAGAGCAUGAAUGAUGGAGAUGUCUGCAUGUCUCCGGCCUGCGUGCAUGCUGCUAGCGAGUUGCUGUAUAACUUGUCGCCUGACUACAAGGAACUGGACCCGUGCGCCGAUUUCGAAGAACUUGUUUGUGGUGGUUGGAAGGAGAGGCACGAUCUACGACCUGACCAAGGGGACGCUUUUACCGGCACCAUCAUGUCAGAGAAUUCGCAAAUGCUGCUCCGACACAUCCUUGAGGCGCCUUACCCCGAGGACUCUUCUCAUUCUAUCUUUUCCCCGCUACAGCUGGCCGCCGAGGAGCAUUCCGCCGACCUUGCCAACUUCAAGAAAUUGCAGGACGGCUACAACGCAUGUCUGAACGAGGACGCUAUCAAGAAGGACGGCACCGCGCCUCUGGUGCAGAUACUGGAUCAGAUCAAGGACCUUUACAAGGUCGACAAGCCGUGCCCCAGCGGCGAAGAUAUCGCUAACACUGUGCUCUACCUUGCGGAAAAUGGCAUCACUGCACUCGCUACGGCUUCGACUGGAGCGGAUGACAAGAACCCCGACAAGGUCAUCAUUGCUGUCUCCGCGCCAUGGAGAAUUGGUCUUCCCGCAAAGGAGCGCUAUGACGAUGAGAAGCUUUUGGACUUCUACGAGGGUACCAUUGGCAGGAUCUUCCAGCACAUGCACCUGACAUCCCAACCCGUUCCUCGAAAGGUUAUUCAACUUGAACAGAAGCUUGCUGCUGCGUCGCCUGAUGCGGAAGACAUGAACGAUGUCACUCAGUACUACAACCCAAUGUCGAUCAAAGAUGCUGAGGCUCUGACGCCCAAGCUGCAUAUUUCGAGAAUCAUCAAUGGUCUCUUGCCGAAAGGCGCUUCGGUUAGUGGUGUCAUCAAUAUGACGCCAAAGUACCUCCAAAAGCUGGCUGGGAUCAUCGACGAGACCGACCGCGAUACCUUGCGAGGCUAUUUCUAUUGGAAAGCCAUUCAGGCAUAUGGCCCCUAUAUCGAAGCCGAUGUGUUGAAGCCGCUGAAGAAGUGGAACAAUUACCUUGCUGGCAAGGACGCUGAUGCCGAGGAGGAGCGCUGGAGGACAUGUGUUGACCACGUCGACGAUGGCCUGGGAUGGAUUCUGUCUCGUUUUUUUGUUGAAAAGGCUUUCUCCGAGAAAGCUAAAGACUUUGGCGAUCGCAUUGUCUCCGAUAUCAAGAAUGAAUUUAUCGAGAAGCUGAAGAAGACUGAGUGGAUGGAGAAGGAAGUACAAGAGCUUGGCAUCGACAAAGUCCACAACAUCGUCCAAAAGGUCGGCUAUCCCACCAAGAGCCCCGAGAUCAUGGAUCCGUCUAAGUUGAAGAAGUACUACAAGGACGUUGAAGUCAGCAAAGAUGCGUUCUUUCAGAAUGUCGUUUCAAUGACUCGCGAUCAAGUCGUCAAAGAGUGGGCUGCAUAUGGCAAGCCCGUUGACCGCAAUCAGUGGGACAUGACUGUUCCUACGGUCAACGCAUACUACAACCCUCCGGGCAACGAGAUCGUCUUCCCAGCCGGCAUUAUGCAAUUCCCCGUCUUCGACGCCGAAGUUCCUGAGUACCUCUCUUAUGGGGCUUUCGGUUCAGUCUCUGGUCACGAGCUUUCUCACGCCUUUGACUCCACUGGGCGUCACUACGAUCAGAACGGCAACUAUACCGAUUGGUGGACUGAGAAUACUGUCAAGGAAUUUUCCAAGCGUGCCGACUGCUUCGUAGAGCAGUACGGUAAUUACACCAUUGAUGGUCCUGAAGGCAAACCACUCCAUGUCAACGGCAAGCUGACGUUGGGCGAGAACAUUGCCGACGCUGGCGGCGUCGCUGCUGCAUUCAGUGCCUGGAAGAAGCGUGCAGCGGAGAAGGCCAACCAAGACCUGCCUGGUCUCAGCCACUUCUCGCAGGAGCAACUCUUCUUCGUCAACUAUGCCAAUUGGUGGUGCGGUGCCACAAGGAAGGAGACAGCGAUCAAUCGUCUUUACACAGACCCGCACGCACCUAAGUGGGCACGUAUCCUGGGUACAAUGGCAAACUCGAGAGACUUCAAUGAGGCGUUCCAGUGCAGGAAGAAGGAACCGGUGUGCGAGCUGUGGUAA